CACGCAUGCGCGACUCCGAGCUGGCCCGAGAAGUUCGUAGCCUUUGUCCAGCCCGGAUGGGAGGUACAGUGCCAAGCGGCAGGAACAGGCAUCUGAGGAUCGGUCUCCGGGACCUGGCCCCGGGAGCCGGGUGCCAGCAUCCUGGGACCGAGGAAGAAGCAGGACCUGAGCUGGUGGCAGCCUUCAGCAGCGCCCCGCCGGCCGGCAGGAGGGAGGACGGGCCUUCUCGCUGUGACGUGCCGAGCGGUCUAAAUUGAGGAGCGGGGAGACGGGGGAUCCGGACCUUCAGAACCGGGACGAUUGGUGAUGAUGGAGAGAGAUUUGGCCGAAAUGCCCGAGAAGAGAGCUACGUCUUCCCAGGAUUCUUUCUUUUCCCAAGAGAAGAGCACAGAAAAGGGAGAAGUGACAGCUCUCCGCCUCACAGCCCGGUCCCAGGCAUCCGUGACGUUCAAGGAUGUGGCCAUGGACUUUACCCCUGAGGAGUGGGGGAAGCUGGAUCCUGCACAAAGGGACGUGAUGCUGGAGAACUAUAGGAACCUGGUCUCGCUUUGGCUUCCAGUUUCCAAGCCUGAGAACUACAAUUUGGAGAACGGAAAGGAAAUAUUGAUGUUUGAGAGAAAAGUCCCCAGAAGCAGCUAUUCAGACUCAGAGAGUAGACCUGAGAACAACGAUUCAACUUCAGUGCAAGAUUUUUCCAAAGAAGAAUCGUGCCAGGUUGCAAUAAUAGACAGACUGACAGGAAAUCGUGUCUAUGAUACCAACCUGAAAACAACUUUUGAAUGUGAAAAUUUAUUAGAGAAUCAGCAAGGAAAUCAGGGGAGACACUUGAGAGAAAUGUUCACCUACAUUAAUUCACUCCCUGAAGAAAGAGCUCAUGAGCAUGAUGUAUAUUGGAAAAACUUUAGUCAGAAGUCUGUCCUUCUCACUCAAGACAGAGUUCCAAAAGGAUCCUAUGCCUUCCAUACACUUGAAAAGAGAUUGAAACAGAAAUCAAACUUAAGGAAAAAACAGAGAACCUAUAAAGAGAAAAAACCUCAUAAAUGUAAUGAUUGUGGUGAACUAUUCACUUACCAUUCAGUGCUUAUUCGACACCAGAGAGUCCAUACUGGAGAGAAACCCUAUAGCUGUGAUGAAUGUGGGAAAUCUUUUAGCCACAGAGCUAAUUUAACUAAACAUCAGAGAACUCAUACUAGAAUUCUCUUUGAGUGCAGUGAAUGCAAGAAAGCCUUUACAGAAAGCUCAUCCCUUGCAAUACAUCAGAGAAUUCACAUUGGAGAGAGACCUUAUGAAUGCAAUGAAUGUGGGAAAGGAUUUAAUCGAAGUACACAUCUUGUACAGCAUCAGUUGAUCCAUACUGGAGUGAAGCCUUAUGAAUGUAAUGAAUGUGAUAAAGCUUUCAUUCAUUCCUCAGCACUCAUCAAACAUCAAAGAACUCAUACUGGAGAGAAACCCUAUAAAUGUCAGGAAUGUGGGAAAGCUUUUAGCCAUUGCUCGUCCCUGACUAAACAUCAGAGAGUUCAUACUGGAGAAAAGCCAUAUGAAUGUAGUGAAUGUGGAAAAACCUUUAGUCAGAGCACACAUCUUGUUCAGCAUCAAAGAAUUCAUACUGGAGAGAAACCCUAUGAGUGUAACGAAUGUGGGAAAACCUUCAGCCGGAGUUCAAAUUUUGCUAAACAUCAAAGAAUUCAUAUUGGAAAGAAACCAUACAAAUGUAAUGAAUGUGGAAAAGCCUUUAUUCAUUCAUCAGCUCUUAUUCAACACCAGAGAACUCAUACUGGAGAGAAACCCUAUAGAUGUAAUGAAUGUGGGAAAAGCUUUAAGUGCAGUUCAUCCCUCAUCAGACAUCAAAGAAUUCAUACAGAAGAGCAACCCUGAAAAAUUAUUAAAUGUAAAGAAAUGUAAGUUGGUUUUAUCACUGUUAAAUUCAAGAUUGUUUAGGUGGAAGAUGCUUAAAAUGCUGCUUAUAGACCAAUUUUGUAUACAUCUGAUUUUACAUGCAUAGUACAUACAUAUUUUUGAGCCAUAAACAAAAUGUUCCUUACACCCAUUGAUUUAAUAAUUAUGAAAGCUACUAGCCAGAGACUUCAUAUUUUGAGCCCUAAUCCCUCCCUAAUACCUUUUUAUGGAUGUUCAAGAAAUCCUUAGGAAUGGGUAGCAAUAUAAUCAUUGUAGAAUCCAGUUUCUCCCUCUUUGUAAGGAAGUUCUCAUUUAUUAGGUUAGGCAGAGGGUUCAUAUCCUUAUUAUCAGGAAGAUACAGAGUUGUACCUCUUUGAAUCCAAAAACAGAGAUCCAGAUUUAUAGGUAGUGUCAUUUCCUUUAUAUUAGCUAUAAAAAGUUAAAGGUUAAGAGUUGAAAUAUGCUUUGUAUUCCUUCUCUACCCCAAAGGCUACUCUCAAAUUUGAUGAACGUAAAUAGAAUUUAUUUACAGCAGGUUCUAAGUUAGAGUCACAUGAAUUCUGCUUGUAGACUUAGAUAAUUGUCUUUCUGCUGUGUAGAACUUCAUUUUCUACUUCCUUGGAGGUUGCCCUGAAGUAGAAUGGGUCAAAAUCUUAACUCUAGUUUUUGAACAAGUCCUUCUUUUCUUGUCCUUGGCAUUCAUUGAAUAAAUCAUUGGUUUUCUAUAAUUACAGUAUUAGGAAUAUUUUGUUCUUUACAUUCUGCUUUCUGUAAACUAUGCUUUGUCACUUUGAGGAAAAGCCACUGGGAUGUUGAGGGUCUGAAAAGUUGAUGGGUUCAAUGUGUUAUGUUUAGGAUCCCAGUCAAGAAACAUAACUGAAGCACCUGUGAGACACAAGGACACUUUCCUGUCAGAUGUGGAAAAUAGCUCACAGGACAAUGACUCACUUGAGGAUAAACAGCUUCCCUCUAUUAAGAAGUUGGCCAUUUCUCUGACCUUCAUGUUUACCCACAUGUUUUGUUCCUAUUCUCUUUAUAUGAUGUAUCCCAGAAUGAAAUCACAUGAUAUAUUGAUAUAUUGACAUACGUACAUGGGUGACCAAAGACUACUAAUGGGAUAAGGAACACAAAAGCGCUCAAAUAUCUAGCAAAACUAUACAAAUGUCAGGUUUUUUUUGUUACUCUAUUACAUAUUGUGUGAAAAGAAGAUUUUAAAGUAGAGGGAAAAGUAGUUAUAGAUUUCUUCUUCCCUUCUAAAUUCUUUUAUGAACAUUCAGCACCACCAGUCCAUGUUUUGCCCCCUCCAAAUUAUCCCUGUGACUUAUAAUUCCCUCUCUGUAGACUUUACUUAUAUUAUUGAAGAAGAAUAGGAGAAUAAAAUUUUUUAAAAUGGUGGUAGUAGAGAGCAUUAAGGAUGGAUUGAGCAUAAAUCCAGCAAUGAUGGAAAUCAAACAAUAUGAAAGAAAUGGGGCUAAAAAAUUAUUGUAAAGAAUUUUUAAAAACACAUUGAAAGGGGUUGAGAAGAUUGGGAAGGCUCAAGGUCUCAGAGGUCAGGGUAGGAGAAUAGCUGAUGAGCAACAUAAAGGAAAAGGAACUCAACCCUUGUUAUCACUUUAAUAUUCAAUAUUGAUCUAAAGCAGGAAUUGACAAACUGGCCUGCACCCAUAGACCAAGUUCAUCUGCUGUUACUGUGAAUGUUUAAUUGAAUACGGCCACACUCAUUCAUUUACAUGUUUUGUUUGGCUAUUUUAUACUAUAAUGGCAGAGUUGAGUAGUUGUAGCAGAGAGUAUAUAUCCUGAAAAGCCUAAAAUACAUGGUAUUUCUCAAUAUGCCAAAUGCUUGAGUGAAAAAUAAAUGCAUCAUUUGGAGGCCAAAAUUUGACUAACAAAAUAAAGUCAACAUGGGCUUUUCAAAGCUGGGUUUUAAUUCUGCCAUCUCUGAUUAGAAUUAUGUGACCUUGAGAAGGACCUGGAACAAUAAAUUAUAUAGAUUCUCCUCUCUCCCUCUACCACUCCCUUUCUCCAGAUGUGUGUACACACACACAUACACACACAUUAAUGAAGUGAUGUCUUAGUUCAUUUGAGCUGUACAACAUUCAAUUAUCACAGUUCUGGAAACUAGGAAGUCCAAGCUCAAGGCCCUGGCAGAUUCGGUGUCUGAUGUGAAAGGGCAGAGGGAGCUCUGGGACCUCUUUUAUAGGGGUACUACUGACCCCAUUCAUGAGAGUUCUGUCAUCAUAAUGUAAUUACCUUUUAAAAGCCCCCAUCUCCUAAUACAGUGAUGGCAAACCUAUGACACGUGUGUCAGCGCUGACACGCGUAGCCAUUUCUGAUGACAUGCGGCCGCAUGCUGAGGAUGAAACAUUUGCUGCUCCUGAGGCUGAAACAUUUGCAACUAGAGUCUUGGAGUUAGUUUUUUUCCUCAAAGUGACACACUACCCGAGUUAUGCUCAGUUUUUUGGCGAAGUUUGACACACCAAGCUCAACAGGUUGCCCUUCACUGUCCUAAUACCAUCACUUUGGGAUUAGGUUUCAAUGUGAAUUUUUGAGGGGACACAAACAUUCAGUCUAUAGCAAGUAGCUAAGCAUCUAUCAGUAGGAAUUAAGAAUGAGUGUCUCCUACCCCUUCUGUUUGCUGAUUAAGAACUGUAAGCAUUCUGCUGUCAGCUCAUGAUAGAGAAAGGGCUUCACUUUCUACUCUUGCUUCUAUCUGGUACUGUACCUACACACUCCCCUUUAGACCUUGAGGAAUCUGCUUUUUUCCCUUCUGGGUACCACUUAACGAGGAGCUAUCUGGUAGUUCCAAAGACUCAGGUUUGUAAUCAAAUGGCAGUUUAAGUGAUGUUAAAGGAUUUGCUCUGUUUUACUGAGAACUCUGGCCCUUUGCAUUUCAGUAUUUGUUCUUUUUAUACCUGGUGUUCAAUCUGACUGUGUGUGUGUACCUUGACAUAAAUCUUGGAAGUUUUAGCGGUCUGCUUUUCAAAUAUUUUUUUGUUACCUAUAAACUAAAUUUGACUGCUCUUAUUGGCCCACUGUCAAUAAAGAUGUUUAUACAUUUA